AGAGACGAGGGCGAAAGGGGCGGGGUGAGAGACGAGGACGAAGGGGGCGGGGCGAGAGACGAGGAGGCUCCGAUGCCGUUCUUCCACCCUCCGGGUUGGAAUCGGGAGGAAAGAAAAGACGAAGACGUCGGCCUCCGAUGCGAUGGCGAUCGGAAGACCGGAACGACCUCGUUCCACGCGUUGAGGAACCGAGCGAAACGAGAGGACCCCGAUGGCUGCACGAAUCCGGGCGACUCGGAGAAGAUGAAGAAGACCGGUAACAACGGGAGGGUGGUGAUCAAGGAAGAGAAGACCCGAACUCGAAUCAUCGUCGGAGUGGGAGAGACCAAGACGAAAAAGGAGAGGCAAUGGAGUGGAAAGAAGGAGGAGGAGCCGAAAUCAGCCAGGCCGAGCAGGGCCAAGGCGACUGCAUCCACUCAGACGGAUCAGCCCAGUGACAGGGCCGCCACCGCUCCUACCAGUAGCAGCGGCAGCAGCGGUCGGAGAGUGACGGUGCCGGUGCCGGCGGUGCCUUCCAGGAAACCCAUCCUGCGAAUCCCUUCCCAUUCCAAUCCCGCUUCGCACAUCACGCACGAGGAUUUGACUUUCUUCAAGCAGCAGAUCGGCAUCCUCCCCGGAGGGAGCCUGAAGAAGGCUCAGAGUUACAACCAGGGAUUGGAAUCCGCGUCUUCGCGCGGCCUGUAUCUGAGCCGGACCCAGAGUCUCUCGUCGGGUCUGAACCACGAAGUUCGGCGUCCCGUCAUUCGUGUGCCUUCCGUCGAAGAGAUCCUGGAGGGAGUGAAGAAUCUCCGGAAGCAGAAUCCCGGCAUCAUGGUGAAGAAUUCUUCCUGGUUGAAAAGCACGAGGGAAAGCCCAAAGGGGGUGGGCGAUGCGGAUCUCUCCGUCCCCUCCUCGUUUGGAGCGGCCUUCACCACCAAUUCCCCGUUGAUCCGAGUGAAUUUCUCCGGACCCGGAAAGGAGAAAGACAAGCCCGAACGAGGGGACGAACCCCGUAACCGUACUCGCGACGACGGGAAAGAGGAAGUGUUCCAGGCAGUGCCCGCAAACGGCGUUCACGAUGGAGAACCGGAAUACGAGAAUUUGAUCGGCGGGACGGAGAACUUGUACGAGAACCUUCCGGGAACGGGAAGGAACGUCCACGAUGAGGAAGACGAAGAGGAAGAAGAGCCCGGAGAAGCCAUCUACGAGAAACCGGUCUUCCUCCACAAGACGAACGGGAAAAGCCAAGAGGACGAAGACGAAGAGCCGAAGUACAUGAACGUGGAGAUACCGUCGAGCAAGAAGACGAAGAAGUGGGCUGGAGGCGAGGAGGAGAACGAGAUCGAGCGAAUCUAUGCAAAUGCGAACGUGUCGCAGGGAGACUACGACGUCCCUCGUCCCGCCACCCACAUCUACGAUUAUUACGGAAGCGAUGGCGAGGGUGGGGGAGGAGAAGAGGAAGGAGAAGACGAGGGACUAGACGAGGGACUCGGCGACAGCGAACCCGCUCGCAGCUCUCUCAACGACGACAUCGGACUGGAGGUGAUCUUGGAGGAACCCGAAGACGAAGAAUCGGCAUCUGACAACGACAGGGGAAAAGACCCGGGACCCACACCCUCCCCCCUUCACAACAGCGCUCUCAAAAACAACAGGGGGCAUCGGAAGAGGAUGGAUUCGAACGAAGGGUCGUCGGAGGAGACGGGAUCCACGACCAGCUCGUCGGGGAUCCACUCCGAAGGGGUGGCGAUUGUGAAGGAAGAGAAGGUGCAGAAGGAUCGACUGGUGGAAGUGUAUCACGAGACCAUUCGACAGAGGAACGCUCCUUCCGUCCACAAGGUGCCCAUUCUCAUCGGAUCUCUUUUUCCCACGAGAUCUUCUCGGAUCGUAGAUGAUCGAGCGUUCUCGGAAGACGGGGUCACAUUGUGCCUCGAUCAUUCUUCUUCUCCUUCUCCUUGCAUGACGCAGAUGACUAGUAAAAGAAGACGCACUAACGUAAUAGGAGAUAAGACGUUGGCGCUGGACAUCAAGAAGUUGGCUGAGGGUUCCCUCCCACUCCCAGAUUCCAACAAGUUCCUUCCCUCCGUCAAGGCGCUGAGGAGCCAGUUCGAAGCCGGCUCUAAGGAUCAAGGUCAAGUCCAAGUUCAAGGUCAAGGCCGAGCUCGGCCUGGUCCCGUUCGAAGAUCGAAGCAACCCGCGCCCCAACCACAGCCGCUCAUCAAGAAAUCGCUUCCUCAGGAUGAUCACAUGGAGGAGAGAGUGAGGAAGGAAGGAGAAAAAGCACCAAAGGUGAAUGGGGUGAAGGUAGUUGAAGUAGAGGGACUCUCAAAAGUGAAUGGAGUGAAGAUAGAAGUGGGGAAUGAAAAUAUGGAAGAAGUAUUACCCCAUUCCACAUCCCACAGCUCUGGCUCAGGUUCAUGCUCAGCCCUAGAUGACACAAAGAGCAUUAUAGAUGAACCCAUAGAGCCCAUCAUCUCUCAAUUCACUGAAAAUGGAGAGGCCGGGAAAGAGAAAGUGCUUGCACGACCGACGACCAUUUCCUGGGAUCCUAGCAAGCUGUUGGGAAGCCUUUAUGCUACCCCUAUACCUCGGGGGAAGUCUCAGAAUGGGUCCACAUCUUCUGGUUCUUCCUACACCAACUUGGAGGGGUAUCUGGAGAAAUUGCCUUCUGGUCGAAGAAAGGCUACCUUUUGGAAUGCUUGGAAGAAGCGCUACUUUAAGCUUCACAACGGCUAUCUAUCAUACUACCAGAUGGCUCAAGCAGAGAAGCCUAGCAUGACUCUCCAGUUGAUGGGUGGACGAGUGGACUCCGUUGAUGACACCAUGGUUGACGUUAAGGAUGGAAAGCCAAUAUUCUCCACUGUCCUGGGAGUGGAUGAUGGUAAGGGGCAUUUCUUGGUGCUACGCUGUCCAUCCAAGAAAGAGACAGAGAGAUGGCGGGAUGCCUUCCUCAGUCACAUCGUUGAAGAUUUCUCUUCCACAUAUGUUCUUCCUGAGAACAUUCCUAAAGAGCCAAGACUCUUUAAAAAUACCAUAGUUGUUGAUCUAGGUAGCACCUCAACACGAGCAGGGAUCCUUGCUCAUCAUCCCACCUUGCCACAAGUGUUCCUCCCAUCAGUAGUGUCUGGGACCAAAGUCAGUGGCAUCAAGGCCUACCAACCACAAGCAAGGUCAUCUAACUCUCUGUCUUUCCCCAUCCGCCCCUCUUCUAAGAUUAACAAGUAUUCCAUGGACAUGAAGGGUGUUGAAGCCAUUUUGAGAGGAGCAUUAGGGACUCUGGCUGUGGAUCCCAAGAGAUACGAGCUCCAGAUUUCUGUACCUCGGAGCUUGAAUUCCAAAGCCCAGGCACUGCUUCUCACUCUCUUGAUAGACACUUUUGGUUUCUGUGCUGUGAAUGUGACUCAUCAGAGUGUCCUUGCCCUCUAUGCAUACAAUGCUGAGUCAGGGAUCGUGGUGGACAUUGGGGAACGAAUGGACAUAGUUCCAAUCACUCAAGGAUACAUAGUUGAAUGCGGUGUGAGUAGAAUUCCAUACGGAGGAGAGCAGAUGCACGAUCAUCUGACUAAGUUCCUUCAUCAGAAACAUGUCUGGCUUAGUUCUGAAGUAGAGCGCCUAGUUGCUCGCUAUGCUCUGGAGAAUCUCUGCUAUGUUGCAUCUCAUUAUAACGCCGAACUAGCCCGUUUCCGCAAAUGUCCGCACGAGUUUCAGCGGAUCCUUGACCUCACCCCAUAUUUCCAUGAUGGAGCUCCUCCCUGGAAAGAAGUGGUGUUGGACAGUGGAAGAUUCCAGUCUCCAGAGGGACUAUUCAACCCAGAGGCAUGGGGAAUGGACAACCCUGGUGUACAUAAAUGUGUGGCCAAGGCUGUCCACGAGGUUGGCAUGGAUCUCCGAAAGGAGAUGGUCCGUAACAUUGUGUUGGCUGGGGGUGUGACUCUCAUCCCUGGCUUCCCUGAGCGUCUUACAAUGGAGGUUGACAAACUCACUCCACCAUCUCUCACACCAAAGGUUCAUGCAUCUCCUGACCGGUACCAUGCAUCUUAUCUUGGAGCUACAGUACUUGCCAACAGUCCUGCUUUUGAUCAGUCCAAAAUUACACGAGAAGACUGGGCCAAAUAUGGCUCAGGGCUCUUGAAGAAGUGGAAACUCUAAUUUUACCCCAGAAGUAAAGUGACUGUCAUCUUCCGUCCUCUCCCUGCGACUGCUGCUGGUGCUGUGAUAAUGUGUCAUUCCUUUUGAGGUCUUAUUAUUUAUCAAAGUGAGGAUCAUAAUUUUUUUCCUCUAACCAAGAGUGAGAGAUGGGUUUCUGUCAACCAGUGUCUCUCUCUUGCCAUUUUUCUUGGAUAAAUAAUGUUUGAGUUUGAUUGAUAGUCUGCUAUGAAGCUCUUUUAACACUAGUUUUAUGGAUGAAAAGUAUGGAA